UCGACUUUAGUGCGCAAUCGAUAAUUAUCUUGUUUUCUAAGCCACAUGCCACUCACUGUCAUCCCGGCUCCUGGCACCCUGACGCACAGUCACCCGAGUACACAUAAUAACCGAACGUGCGCGACUAAUUCCUCUUUCUUCCCCUCUAUUUUUACAGGAACAUCCCCGAGGAACACGCGCGAGAACCAACUCAGCCGAAAGUCACCGGUAAUCAUGGCAGACGUCAGCACGGAGGAGAAGAAGCCCGUCGAGGAGCAGCAGCAGCAGCAGCAGCAGCAGCAGCAUGACACCGUGGCUAGCUCCGCGGCGGAAACCACAGAUGCGGCGGCCGCCAGUAACAACGCCGAGGACGAAGGCCACGACGAGGAAGAGAUCUCGGCUAUGAAGCGCCGCGUCGCCGAGAUGGAAGAGGAGGCUGCCAAGCUGCGCGAGAUGCAGGCGACUCUGGAGGACCGGAACGCCGAGAUGGCGGAGAACAGGGAAGAUGUGGAUAGCCGCAGCAUCUUCGUCGGCAACGUCGACUACUCGGCCUCGCCGGAGGAGAUUCAAGCGCACUUCCAGAGCUGCGGAUCCAUCAACCGCGUCACGAUCCUAUUGGACAAGUUUACCGGACAGCCGAAGGGAUACGCAUAUGUCGAGUUUACCGAGCCGAGCCUAGUGGCGCAAGCGCUUGUGCUCAACGAGAGCGUUUUCAAGGGUCGCCACAUCAAGGUGGUACCGAAACGAACGAACAUACCCGGGAUGUCUCGUGGGCGGGGCCGGGGUGGGCGAGGCCGUGGAUUCGGCCGGGGUUUCAGCCCACGCGGUCAGUUCGGAGGGUAUCGGGGCGGCUUCCGGGGUCGUGGGGGUCGAGGCUUCACUCCCUACUAGUUCGACUGCAUGCCGGCGACGACCGUCCUUGACGUUGUCGUCGACGCGACCUCGACGGUCCUUCCCGUUACUGUUCGCGCGCGGUCGUCCGGAGCAUUGUCCUUGACUGAUACGAGUGGGAGGACUCUAGAGCAGAGAUGUUGGCCCCCGAUUUCGAAACACUCCCUUGUCGGGCAGAAGAGAAGAAAGGAGACAAAAAAAUGGAAAGGACG